ACAAUGUGAUACAAAUAUAUGCCUCUUAAUGGUUAGUUAUUAACACAGGAGUCAAACGUUAAAGCAUUCUAUGGGAAUGUAACGACGAUUCUAGCGAGCGAGGAGAACUUUAUGUUUUUGAUGGCGGUGGAAAGCCGAACAAAAAAGAAGAGACGAUCAAAGUGAAUUUCUACUGAUAUUCUUGCGCUAAACAAGUUACUACAUGUUGUGUGAGAUAAACCUGCUUUUUGUUAAUACCGUCAUCAUCGGAUUAUAUUUUUACUAAUGCAGUUGUCUACGUAGUUGAUCCAAGAACACGCCUCACAUUGUGAAGAAGGAUGACUUUGCCGUCCUGCUGCUGCCGCCGCCGAAGUUCACUGCGUGCGUUUGGCUGGAACAGGGCUUUGGCGGUCGUGACAGGUUUAAAUAGGCGUCUGCAAAGUUCUGUCUGGAUUGUGCAUCAAAACGAUUGAUAUCUAUUGCGCUACUAUUUCUUAAACAGCCAUAAUGCCUAUGAUAUGCCGGCUAUCUGUAUGUGUUUGUAGAAAUAGCUGCAUCUGCAGCCGUAAUGAUUUGAAGGACAAUCAAGCCAUUGCUUGAGCGGUCCCUCAGCUUUGCAACGGAUCAAUUACUGCUAUCAUCCGUGAUGACUAAAGUCAAAGAUGUUCCCCAAACAAAACAAAAGAAAACAUGGUGCGCUUUUAUACAAGAUUCUUCGGGCUGUGCCCACCAUCCAGCUGAAACAAUGUUCUCGCUCAAUGUCAUCAGGCAUUAACUUUACCUUGAAUGACGAGCAGAAGAAAAUGCAGGAACUGGCUAGAAAGUUCGCUCGGGAAGAGAUCCUUCCUAAAGCCGCACACUAUGACAAAACCGGAGAGUUCCCCUGGGACAUCGUUAAAAAGGCACAUGAGCUUGGCCUGAUGAAUUUGAGCAUUCCCCAAAGUGUCGGCGGUUUGGGCCUUGGGGCGAUGUCGGCCUGUAUCGUGACCGAGGAGAUUGGUUAUGCCUGUACGGGUAUUUCUACAGCCAUCGAUGCGGCUAGACUUGGGCAAACACCUGUCGUUUUGACAGGAAAUCCUGCGCAACAGAAAAAGUAUCUUGGUCGUUGCAUUGACGAGCCUAUCGUUACAGCCUAUUGUGUUACAGAACCUAGUGCAGGUUCAGAUGUCGCAGGUAUCAAGACCAAGGCCGAGAAAAAGGGUAACAAAUGGGUAAUCAACGGCCAGAAGAUGUGGAUCACGAACGGUGGUGUUGCGAAUUGGUAUUUUUUGUUGGCACGCACGAACUUCGAUCCGAAGUGCCCUACUUCGAAAGCCUUUACAGCUUUUAUAGUUGACAGAGAUCGGAAGGGUGUGAUUCCUGGUCGCAAAGAAAUAAAUAUGGGUCAACGGGCUUCAGACACGCGAGGAAUCACAUUUGAGGAUGUUGAGAUCCCUGAGGAAAACGUUCUACUCAAGGAGGGGGACGGAUUCAAGGUCGCCAUGAUGACCUUUCACGAAACGCGACCUGUUGUAGCAGCGGCAGCGACAGGCCUCGCCCAACGUGCAUUGGAUGAAGCGAAACAGUACGCUCUUGAAAGAAAGACGUUCGGAAAACCUAUUUCCACUCAUCAAGCUGUGCAAUUUAUGUUAGCCGAAAUGGCAAUGGGAGUCGAAACGUCUCGAUUGGCAUGGCAGCGCGCUGCAUGGGAAAUUGACCAGGGUCACACAAAUACAUAUUACGUAUCGAUUGCCAAGGCGUUUGCUUCGGACGUUGCGAACAAAUGUGCUACGGACGCUGUACAGAUUUUCGGAGGCAACGGAUUUAACACGGAGUACCCUGUCGAGAAACUGAUGCGGGACGCCAAGAUCUAUCAGAUCUACGAGGGGACUUCUCAGAUCCAGCGAAUGGUCAUCGCUCGCAAGAUGCUCUCGGGAGGAGAGUAGAUCUGCAGGAAAUUUUAACAAAGUGACCCAGAGGAAGAUACUAAUUAGCAAAUGUAGCAUGAGACCGCUAAUAUAGAUAUUUGCUACUAGAUUUUUUAAAAAUAAGGAAGUUCAAUGAAACUUAACGAUUAAUUUUUUAAAUCGCAAAAUCAUAAUUUGACUCAAAAAAAUGAAUGGAGUUAGGUUGUUGCUACAGAUUUUGCUCAUCACAAAAAAUGGGACCUGCAAUAAAGUAUGCGUAGGCAUUUUCAUAUAUACUAUAUGAAUAUAUAGUAUAUAUAUAUAUUUCAUAUA